AUGGUAGUGUAUACUCAAAGUUUUGCUGAAACUGAUACAUGGACUGUGAACAUUAUCCAAGGUCCCGUAAAAGGCUAUAAGCCAUCAGGAUGGGAUUUAUUUGAAUUUCACGGUAUACCAUAUGCAACAGCUCCCACAGGACAAGACCGUUUUAAGGCUCCUUUGCCAGCUCCAACAUGGGAGAAAACUUUCGAAGCUGUAGAGAAAAACAUAAUAUGUCCGCAAAGCAGCAACAGUAUAGCAAACGUGAUUGAUGCGAAAGUCCGUGAAAAUUGUCUUAUUUCCACUUUAUAUGUACCGCACACGAACAAAACUAAUUUGCCAGUUUUAGUAUUUGUUCAUGGGGGAGCUUUUCAAAAUGGAUUCGCUGAUAGAAGUUCAGCGCGAAAUUUAGUACAGAGCAAAGAUAUUAUUGUUGCUAUGUUUAAUUACCGAUUAGGCGCACAUGGAUUCUUAUGCCUCGGUACGGAGAAUGCGCCAGGGAAUGCCGGUAUAAAAGACCAAGUAGCAUAUCUACGUUGGGUACAGGAAAAUAUUGCCUAUUUUGGAGGAAAUCCAGAUGAUGUCACUGUUUACGGUAACAGUGCUGGUGGUAGAGCAGUAGACCUUCUUGCUAUAUCUCACGUAACCGAAGGAUUAUUUAAAGCCAUGAUUGCAGAUAGUGGUAUAACAUUGGGUGCGUCAACUGUCCAAGUAAAUCCCAUAGAAAACGCAAAAACUUUCGCGAACCUUUUAAAUUAUACCGGUUCUUAUGAUAUAAGAAGUUUAGAACAAUUUUACUUAAAUGCAUCUUACGAUUUGUUAACAUCAGUAGAUACAACGAGAUUGGUUGAUUUUCUAUUUUCACCAUGCAUUGAAAAAAAUGUUGGACAAGAAAUAUUUUUAGAGGAAAGUCCUUUUGAAACGCUAAAAAGGGGAGAUUUCCGUAAGAUUCCUAUAUUGUACGGUUAUACUGAAUUUGAAGGCACCUUUCGGCUAGGUGUAUUUGGACAAUGGCAAGAUUCGCUGAUUAAGAAUUUACCAGACUUCUUACCUCAUGACUUACAAUUUCCGACUGAAGAAGAAAAAUUGAAUAUAGCUCAAAAAGUCAAAUCUUAUUAUUUUGGUAACGAAGAAGUUAUAAGCAAUGAAAACAUUUUACUGUUCAUCGACUACUUCACCGAUACAAUGUACGUUUAUCCAAUGUUAAGAGCGAUAAAAUUGCAAUUGGAAGCUGGUCAUGAAAAUAUUUACUUGUACGAAUAUUCGUUUGUAUCAGAAGAAUCACCGAUGAUGCCAUUUAUAAAUAAACAAGGAGCAUUUCAUAGUGCUCAGACAGGAGUUAUUCUGGAUUCUAAUGAUGAGACAAAUAUUUCUACUGAAUUAAAAAAUAUGAAAAGCAUCAUGCGCGACAUGUGGUAUGAUUUUAUAACUUCUGGGGCACCUGUACCAGAAGGUUCAAGUACUGCUGAGUGGCCAGCAGCAAAAUUAAACAAUAUAAAACUGAUGUCUUUGAAUCAGACGAUAACUUUGGAGCGCCUUCAGCACAGAUCACUCUUCUGGGAAGAUAUUUAUGACAAAUAUUAUUUAAACCCAAUCGCCCCAAGCGCUGACGCCGAAUAA